CGUUUGGCGCUAACAGGUGCAAAAUGUCGGCUCCUCUCGGACUGUUCAGGAACCGUGUCGGAGCUCUCCGGCCGGCCGCUUUCACGUCGCUGCUGCCGGGGACCCAUCCGGGGAGGAGUCCGGCAGGCGGACGGUGGAUUUCCGGCACACUGACAGGUACUGGAGCUAGCAUGUCCUGCUAGCUGAUCGAAAGCUGGCGGCGGUUUCCGGCGGAAUGUUUUCCCGAACGAGUCGCCGCGAUCAUCGGAUCCGCCGCUCACACGAACCGGCGGCAGGAGGUCCGACCCGCCGGUCCGGUCCGAGCCGGUUCAGUCCAGUGGCGUCAAGCUGACGGAGACGUGCCAGUCCGCCGUCACUUCCGGUGUUGCUCAGCAGUGAUCCUCUGGAGGAGCUCUUAGGCCACUGGAGGGCGUCAGAGUUUUAGACCUGACCAGAUUUCCAUGGUGUGUUUGCAGAGUUCUGGCCGGACCCUUCGCCACCAUGAUCCUGGGAGAUCUGGGAGCCGAGGUGGUCAAAGUGGAGCGACCCGGUGCAGGCGAUGACACCAGAGCCUGGGGUCCUCCGUUCGUCAGCUCUGAGAGCGCCUACUUCCUCAGCGUCAACCGAAACAAGAAGAGUGUUGCUGUGGACAUGAAACAUCCCAGAGGAGUGGAGGUCAUCCAGGAGCUUGCAGGAGUGUGCGAUGUGCUGGUGGAGAACUACCUUCCAGGGAAGCUUCGUCAGAUGGGUUUAGGAUACGAGCAGCUGAGCAGAGGGAACCCACGGCUCAUCUACUGCUCCAUAUCAGGUUACGGGCAGACCGGUCCUCAGGCUCAGAGUCCAGGAUACGACUCCAUCAUCUCGGCAGUGUCGGGGAUGAUGCACAUCACCGGGCCGCAGGACGGUGAGCCGGUACGUCCGGGCGUCGCUAUGACUGACAUGGCGACGGGACUUUACGCCCACGGAGCCGUCAUGGCCGCCCUGCUGCAGCGACACAACACUGGGAGAGGAGUUCACAUCGACUGCAACCUGCUGUCCUCACAGGUUUCCUGCCUCAGCCAUAUCGCUGCCAACUACCUGAACGCCGGGAAGGAGGCGAGGCGUUGGGGGACGGCCCAUGAGAGCAUCGUACCUUACCAGGGCUUCAGGACCAAAGACGGAUACAUCAUUGUUGCAGCCGGAAAUGACAAGCAGUUUGUCAGAAUGUGUCAGGUUCUGCAGAUGGUGGAGCUCACCGAGGAGCCAAAAUACAAAACCAACAACCUGAGAGUCCAAAACCGCCAGCAGCUGCUGCAGACGCUGUCUGAGAGGCUGCUGCAGGAGAACACGGCUGAUUGGCUGAGGAGGUUCCAGGGGUCAGGUGUUCCGGUUGGACCAAUCAACAGCAUCCAGGAAGUGUUCGCAGAGCCGCAGGUGAAACACAAUGGCCUCAUCCAGGAGAUGCAGCAUCCAGCAGCCGGACUCAUCGCUGUCCCAGGGCCGGCGGUUCGCUUCAGCAGCUUCUCUCCCAGUGGUCCGACUCCUCCUCCUCUGAUUGGCCAGCACACCGUGCAGGUGCUGCGAGACACCUUGUCCUACAGUGAUGAUGUCAUCAAAGCGCUGCUGGAGUCGGGGGCAGUGGCCCAGAACGAAGCGAUCUGAUUGGCUUUCAGGAGAGAAUGGAGGGAGACUGGUUGAUUCCAGCUGACGAAUCAAUGCAGCUGAACUGAUAAUCAAAGACGGAGCUGAUCGAUCAGUUUGGUUAAUGGAGACUGAAGGCCAAACACAGCUGUUUGAAUCAGUGCUGGAUUAUUAGUGUUAGAGAUGUGAUUUUAUUCACGUUGAGAAAGUCAUGAAGGUUUACCAGAAAGUUCUGAAACUCUCCAUCCAUGAUGAAUGUUCUCCAGUGCAGCGCUGCUCUGCUCCCACAGCUCCUGCAACACUCCAUCUGAAGAUACAUGAAGCUGAAAAAAGACAUCGAAAGGGACUGAAAACUCACCAAAAUACCAAAACCCAUUUAAACUGCCUCAUAAUCAUCCACUCAGACAUCUUCUAAAUGUGUCUACAUCUGCUUCAUCAUUUGUCCAAAUUCAAUUCAAUUCAAUUCAAUUCAAUUCAAUUCAAUUCAAUUCAAUUCAAUUCAAUUCAAUUCAAUUUUAUUUAUAUAGCGCCAGUUACAGUCAAAUUGUCUCAAGACGCUGAAUGAAAAAACUCAUCAAAAAUAACUUCAGAUUGUCCAAAAUAAGAAAAACUUGUUCUAAAUGACUCUACAUCUGCCAAAUCAGUCAACAUUUGUCCAAAAAUUGGGGAAAAACAUCACCAGAAAAUGUCUCACAAUUUGUCCAAAAUAACAAAAACUUGUGCUAAAUACGUCUACAUCUGAUUCAACAUAUGUCCAAAAUAAAAUACAUUUUAAACAUUCAACAUGACUUCAAAUUUGUCGAAAAUGACUCAAAAUUUACCCAAACUGAAUCAAAAUUUGUCCAAAAUAACAAAAACUUGUUCUAAAUGCAUUUACAUCUGAUGCAACGUUUGUCCAAAAUAUUUUUUUUUAAAUUAUGAAAAAUAACUAAGAAUUGUCCAAAAUGACAUAAAAAAAGUCUAAAACAAAACUUGUCCAAAAUGAAAAAGAAAUCUGCAAAAAUAACUUAAAAUUGUCCAAAAUUACUCAAAAUGUGUCCAAAAUGCCUCAAGAAAUGUCCAAAAUUAUUUAAAAUUUGUUCAGAGUGAUUCAAAAUUUGCCUGCACUGAAUCAGAAUUUGUCCGAAACAACAAAGUUUGUCCAAAAUGAAAAAAAAUAUCAGAAAUGACUUAAAAUUGUCCAAAAUGACUUAACAUUUGUCAAAAAAAAAAACCCAAAAACUUGUUGUAAAUGAGUCUACAUCUGCCAAAUGAUUCAACAUUUGUCCAAAAAUAGGAAAGAAAAUCUUUGACUUAAAAAUUUUUCAAAAUAACAAAAACUGGUCUAAACUGACUCAUUAUGUUUCAGAAGACUCAAACAUUAUCCAGAAUGAUCCAACAUUUGUCCACACUCAAUCAGAAUUCGUCCAAAAUAACAGUUUGUCCAAAAUGAAACAAAAAAUCAUCAAAAUGACUUAACAUUGUCCAAAAUAACUCAAAAUUUGCCCAGAAUCAUGUAAAACUUGUGUAACUGAUGCAGAAUUUGUCCAGUCCUGGAACUUUCCGACACGCUCUCGUUCUUCACUGUGUCAGAAAGUUUCACUCCUCUGAACUCAGGCAGAAGAAGAAAGGACUGAAAAAUGUGCAUUUCAGGCUCUGAAUGACUGAAACGAUGAAGACGUUUGUUGAUCUGCAGCUGAAAUGAAGCUAAACAAUGCUUGAAACGCUCCUCUCAGGUUAAACUGUAAAUUACACUCCAGAUCAGCACUUUGUCAUGAAAAUAAAACACUGGAAUCUUGUGA